CCCCUGAAAUGAGUCAUUACAGGUACUCACCAGAUGUCGCAUUACCCAGGAGGUGUACACAAAAAUUGAAAAUAAUAUUUAUUGAAAAUAUUUGCCAUCAGAAAUGGAAAUCCGUAUAAUCGUCCAGUAUUUCUCAGCAAUUUUGAUCUUGUCUAAAACAGGCGAGGCAUUAAAUUGCUACCAGUGUGAUUCAACGUUGGAUCACAAUUGCCAGGAAUAUUUCAACCAUGACAAUCCCAAUGUUCCACUUAGAGCUACAGAAUGCAAGAUGUACAAUGCUAAAUUCUGUAUCAAAGCUACUGGACUCUGGGGAGGUAUUGUAGGAACACAUAGAUUCUGUAGUUCUCGUGACCUUGGAGACCAAUGCCAGGACAUGAGGUUCCCUGACCACAGUCGUAAAUAUCGUGGCUGCAUUUAUACAUGUACUGGUGAUGGUUGCAACUCAGCUCAUGGAAUUAACUUUUCAUUCACUGUGAUGGCUUUGAGUUUGUUGUCAGUUGUUGUUGCCAUAGUGAUGAGGAGAUGAAGGGGACAAUGAAAAUGAAAAUAAAGGAUAAAUGUCAUGACUGUAUGAAAUAAGGUUAUGUGUGUGUACAGACUGUAACCUAUGCAAUGGUGAAUGAAUUUGCAAUUAAAACAGCUAGCAAGUGGGCAAAUGUUCUUCUUGUAUAUAUAAAUGUUUAAGUUUGUGAUAACACAUGUAAUGUGUUCUGCUGAAGAGCAUUCUGGCAUUCCUCACUGUAUAAGACAUUACAAAUGUAGCUAAUUGUCAUUUCAAAGUAAUUUUUCUUUGGCAUACAAAAUGUUUCCUAUACUGUUACAGUUUUAUGGAGUUAUUUGGGCUACUCUUAUAGCUGAUAUUUUGUAUCAUAUUUCCAUUGGAAAAGUUCACAAACAAAAUUCCAAACAUUAAAUUGAAAUUUUAAAAAAAAUGAAAUUUAAAAAUUCAUUUUUAUUAUUAAGUAAUACUGGGUGUAAUAGGUAAAUUGAAAAGAAAAAGUCAUGGUUUAGGCAUACAUGGUUAUAUACAUGCUCAAGAUAGAGGAGAUGAGAAUAAUUUAGUCUAAUCAUUUUUGUAAUUUUAUUUUUCCCCUUUUUCUAGCAAAACACUACAAUAACUCCUAAGCUCAAGGGUAUAGGACAUAUAACCAAAAUACUGGUAUUAAAAGUCAUUGUUAUUAUUUAUUUAUAUUUCAUGAGUUUGGAACAGUCCAUUCAAAGUUUCAAGAGUUUUUAAAGAGUGUUCAAUAUCAAAGCUACCAAUAGAAUAGAGCAUUACAUUAAUUAGAUUCUAUGGAUGUGCCUGGCUCGUUGUACUGGCGCUAAAGACUAAUUACUUUUGAUUCAAGUAGGUGAAGGAUUAAUAUAAAACAGAUGAUAUUGACACUGUUAUUCCUAAUUUCUGUGAUUUCUUCAACUUCAAAAACGUUGGUGACAUUAACUCAAGUAGUUGUAUGCAUGACAGGAUUUUCAUUUUUUGUACAUUGUAUAAUAGAUAUGUAUAUAUACAUGUAAACUAUAAACAUUCCUUUUGUAAAUAUCCUAUAACAGAUUGAAUAAUAUUUUUGUACUUAGAUUUUAUAAGGUACCUCUUUAUGUAUAUGUAUAUAUAUUUGUAGUCAUCAAAUCAUUCUCCAAUCUGUAUAUACAGUUACAUAUAGUGUACAUCAUAUCAUUUUCAUUCAACUAAGAAGUGUCUGUAAAUCACAUGAUAAUCUCUGUAAAUUGGAUCUGGUUUUGACUACAUGUAUUUCAACUAAUCAAUGAAUAAAUUAAUUAAUUGAUUAAUACAGCAAUAAUGAUUUCUCUAUGGCAUCAGUAUAUAAAGUCAUACCAGCCUGUAUAUAAUAACACACAUUCUGACAACACUUAUUGUUGUUCAUAGCUGUUGAUACUUGAAUUUAGCUGUCAAAGUCUAUGCUUUGUAAGAUACAACUUCAUCACAGAGACAAGCCCAGUGGUUAUGUUCAGUGUUGUUCAGAUUAAACAAAAUUAUAUUUUGGUUGUACAAUAUACAUGUCACUUUACAUGCCUCCGAACACAAGUGUUUUAUAGGUAGUAAUAUUUAUAUGUACACUGUUAGCUAGAAUAAGUUGGCACAAAAGAACUAUCAUAAUAUUUUUUUAAACAAUAAUUAUUGUGAUUAUGAAAAUAAAACAAUUCUGACAUGUUUGGUUUAAACAUAUUUAUUUCAUCAAGUUACAAUACAAUUACAGCAUAUAGAAAAAUUUAUACAAAAUCAUGAUAAAGUGAAUUGAACUGAAAGCUAAAAGCUGUUUUCUCAUGGUUACUAUUCUGCAUAUGUAAAUAAACUUAUUCUGACAUUUUUCAUCUUUUUAUAUUAGACAUUUCAUAUUAAUUCAUGUAUAGUCAUUUUUUUACUUGAUUUUUGUGUAUUCAUUCUAUAUCAUACAGUGUACAAGUGCUAAAGCCUUUAUUAUUUCAUUUUGAAAAUGUCUCAGAAAAGACAUUCUUUUCUUUUUUAAAGAAGAAUAUUAAAACUCUUUGAUAUCUUAUAAUGUAGCUGUAAAAUUUCCAUUAGUUCAAACAUUUAUCUGAAUCAGAAUAUUAUGUUGUAAUGCUUUAUUCCUACUUAGGAAAAAAGAUGUAUUUUAAUUAUGAAGAUUGACAUAAAAAAAACCAGGAAAGAAUUGAAAUUUUCACUUGUAAGCCACUAUAAGGUUCGUACUUGAAGAAUGAAAUCAAUGAAUUUAUAUUUAUAAUUAGCUAUUUAAGCAUUUUUACAUUAAUACAUAUCAUAAACACAAAUAAAUGAUUUAUAUAAAGACUUA